AUGUAUGUCGGAGCAGAAAAGGAAAGAUCGGAGAAGUUGAAAAAUCCGUCCGAUAUGGGAGCGUGCGCGAGCAAGUUCAAGGAUUCCAAGGACGCGACGGCCGACGAAGCACCGCCGCCGCCUGCCAAGGAGGAGACGGCGGUGGAGUCGGCGCCGGUGCUGGCGCAGAGGGAAGUGAAUCUUGAAAAAGAAGUCGAUAGGGAUGAUGUGCCGCCGGCGGCGGCGGAGGCGGAGGCGGCGGGUGGUGAAGCCAAAUCUCAGUCUCUCGGCCGUCUGUUCGAAGAGGUGAAAUUGGAAGUAAAACAAGAAGUUCCAACGGAGGAAAAGAAAAAAGUAGAAAGUGGUGGUGGUCUAGAGACCGAAGAAAAGAGAGCAGAUGAUUUGAAACCCGCAAGUGAGGAUGUGGAAAAUGAAGCACCUCAGGCAGAAGCUGGAGAAAAACAAGCGGAAACUCCACAAACUGAAACAUCAGAGGAAGUAGAGACUGCCAAGAUUGAAAAGGCCGAUGAGAACCAAGCAGACCAAGUAUCUGGUUUAGACAAGAAAUGUGAAACUCUUGAGGCAGAUAAAAAAACUGAGGAACCCAGUCCAGUUUUAGAAGAAGAAGAAAAGAAGGAAAUUGAAGAGAAACUGACCCAGAUUUCUAUUAUUGAGGAACAGAAACCAGCUUUGGAUGAUGAAAUUAAGAAAGUUGAAGAGAAACAGGCUGGGACUAGACAAAAUGAGGAACAGAAGCCAGCUUUUGAUGAGGAAAAUAAGAUAGUUGAAGAGAAACAGACUAAGGCUACAAAAGUUGAGGAACAGACGCCAGUUUCUGAUGAGGGGAAAGAGGAAGUUGCAGAGAAAAUGGUUGAGAUUAUGGAAACUGAGGAACAAAAACCAACUUCUGAAGAGGAAAAGAAGGGAAUUGAAGAGAAACCUGUUGAAGUGGAGAUACAGACACCAGCUUCAGGUGUGGAGGAGAAAACUGAGGAGAAACUGGCUCAGAAUGCAAACAAUGAAAAAUCAGUGGAUGAAAUAGAGGCUAAACAAGUUGUUGAUCCCCUGAAGGCAGAAACUGCUGUAGAGAACAAACCAGAUGAGAAAGUUGAAACACCAGAGGCAAAAAAUGAAGAGCAGGCUCGAGUUUCAGAUGGGAAGACGGCUAAAACUGGUGAAGACAGGGCAGAAGACAUGUGAGCAGGACUAGCACGGAGAAUGACGUGUCAAAAAACCAGCUAAAAGCUAUGGAAAGUUUAUGGAUUUUGAGAAGUGGUUUUUCAUAUUAUCGAGUAUAGUUCUGUGGUCCUUUUCUUUUUAUUUUUUUGGUUGAACAUAUUCUUUUUCUGUUUUGGUUGAUUGAUUUGUUUGCUGUGCUUUAAACCUUUUAUCUCAAUCCUGGUUCAUUGCAGUGGUUUGUAUGAAUGUCAAUAUCAACAUUUGCUAUUUUCCAAUGUUCUUUUUCAAUAUUCUAAAUCUUGGAAAAAGCUUUCAUUUUGCUGGGAAACUCUGGAAAUAUCAUGAUGUGUAUUAAAA